UAGGGAAUUAUCUUGAGAAGAAAGAAGUCCGCACCCAUCUAACAGAGAUAUGGCAAAGAAACGAUUUAGAACUUGCAAUCUUGAGAUUGAGUCCCAGAACAAGCGAUCAAAUGGCUCUUCACAGCCUAGCCAGUCAAAUAACUCUUCACAGCCUAGCCAGCCAAAUAACCCUUCACAGCUGAACGCACCAAGUGGAACUUCACAACCUAGUCACUCAAUUGGCUCUCCACAGCUGGACAGGCCAAAUAGAACUUCACAACCUAGUCGUUCAAAUGCCUCUUCACAGCUUAAUCGGCCAAAUGGAACUUCACAGCCUAGUCGAUCAAAUGCCUCUUCACAACCUAGUUGGUCACAUCCCUCCUCACAUGCUCCAUCACAUGUUCCACACGCUCAACCUCAAGAAUCAGAGGUUAACCCUCAGUUUGAAGAUGAUUUAGAUGAGGACUGGUUAAGGGAAGAAGAAAUGCAACGUACAGAUGCAUUGACCAAGCGAAACACGCGGGGAAUUACACGUAUGGUUGAAGUGUGGAAUUUGACACCAGAAGAACGCAUUAUGCUCACCUUCAACAAGGAUUUGCAGGCUAUUUCUACAGAGGGUGGUAUGUUCAGUCGCUUCAUAGGCACCAUUGCUAGGAAGCCACAUUUAUGCCCAAUUAAGUACAAGAAUUGGCAUGAAGUGCCAGAUCAGUAUAAAGAAGAUUGUUGGAAUAUUAUUGAGUCCAAGUUUGCCAUUCCUUAAGAUGAGAGAAGGGAUAUGAUUAGGCAUCGAACAUUGAAGUCAAUGGGAGAGAAAUGGAGAAAUUGGAAAUGUAGUUUAAAAGCAAAGUACUAUGAUGAGACAAAGACAGCAGCACAGAUAGUAGCUACUGCGCCUUCAACAGUUAACCGUGAGCACUAUGCUGACCUUGUCGCGUAUUGGUUUUC